AUUGAUGUCAGUGUGCACAUGGUUCUCCCACAGCCACCCACCCGUGAGAUUUCACUUCAAUAUUUUGUUUUGCAUGAAUUCAUCCAUAUAUUAUCCGCAGAUUCAAGGGUAAUUAGGCGUAGUGAUAAUUUAAGAGAGCAAAACACGUCUUGAAAAUCGAAGUGAAAGAAGAAACAACAGUUCAAAAGGUCUCAAGUAACUCAGUGGAUGUUUUCCAUUUCUAUUUUGGGCUGAUCUAGAAAUCGACUCAAGCUACGUUUUUCGUCUUCAUCAAGAUCGAAUCACAAGCAAUGAGUUAUUAUUCAAACAGGAGUGCCGACAACUUUACCACUUCGCCGAGAGAACUUAGCACCUUCAGCUGUCCGUUCUUAAGUGACACUACCACCGUCAAAGGAGUCAAAAUAUUUUGUUAUUCCCUCGUUCUGCUCAUAGCAGUCAUUGGAAACUCCUUGCUCAUUGGUGUUAUUAAGAGGAACAAGAAGAUGAAAACGAUUACCAAUUACCUAAUUGCCAAUAUGGCGGUGUCAGACAUAUUGUCAACGCUAGCAGCCGUACCCCGUCAAAUAACUUACAUAAUGUUGGAACCUCAACGGUGGUUGUUCACCGAAAUGUUUGGCUCAGUCCUAUGCAAAAGCAUUUCUUUCUUUCAAGAUGUCUCAACGGCGGUGUCAAUUUUUAGCAUUUUAGCAAUAGCUCUAGACAGGUACAGAGGAAUUGUGUUUCCAUUACGCGAAACGAAUACAAAGCCGACAAAAAGCUGUAAAAUUAUCAUACCACUUAUUUGGAUAGUUCCAGUGGGCCUUCAUGCGGUUUACUUUUAUAUUUUUCACUUAAAAACAUCUGACAAUAAAGUGUAUUGUGUUAUCGAUUGGGGGUCAAAAUUCGACGCGAAAAGAUCUGUGGAAAUAUACUACAUUAUAUUGGUAACUUUCGAAAUUUAUAUUCCACUGUGUUUAGUCACAUGGCUGUAUUCCGCCAUUGUCAUGAAUCUCAAACGGAGCGCUAUAGGGAAACACAGGGGUCCUUCAAGCUGCAGAACUUCGAGAAGAAUAAGAGAGGACAGAAAAGUUGUGAACAACAUCAUUGCAAUUGUCAUUGCCUUCAUGGUUUCGUCGAUACCCAUCAAUGUCAUUGGUAUUUUAUAUUAUUUCGUUUGGGAUUGGAAUAUGCCCUGCGGUGUAGAAAACUUUGGCUUCGCAGCACACUUUAUUUUUUAUUCCAACCCUUCAAUGAACCCGUGCAUUUAUUUCGCUUUGAAUGAUAAAUAUCGACACGGUCUGGUGAAGAUGUUCAAGACGAUGGUCUUUUUCAGGAAGGUCGAAAACAACGACUCAAAAACGUCCGAGAAGGAAACUUUGAAUCGAAAAACAUGGUCAUCCACUUUUGUAUAAAGGAUAAAGCAAUUAAUGUCUUGGCUUGAGGACAUAAGACUAUCAAAAUUGGAUCACAACAUGACCUUGGAUUGAAUUUUGUUAAACAUCGCCAAAAUGCCCAACUUAAUCACCUUUGGGCUUCACUCUGAGGGGUUCAUCAAAAA